AUGUACGAAGGCGGGCGGUCCUCUGUCACUUUCUCCGGGCCCGGCUCUCAGUACAUCAUGACGCAUCGAAUCCCACCCACAGACAAGGAAAACGGUACCUCCAUCAUUGCACCGCCAUUUCACUAUCACAUCUACCAGGACGAGUUCUUCCGCAUCCAGUCUGGAAAAGGCAACUUCUACCGAGGCAUUGACCCAAAUCCCUUCGCUGUUUUGUCCGACGAUCCAAACGGCCAAGCUACCGCGUCCGUCAAGGCAGGCAACUACCAUCGCUUUGAGAACGCUAGCGAAACUCGAGACCUUGUUGUUGACAUUCACCUCACUCCCGAGUCGUAUGAGAACGAACAGCAAUUUUUCAGGAAUUUCUUUGGGUAUUUGGAUGAUUGCAAGACUGCGGGAUGCGAGCCCAGCAUUUUCCAGCUCAUGGUUUUUCUUCACGCUGCCGAUACUCCUCUGGCUGUUCCUCUUCCUUGGGAGUCCCUUGGUCGAGUGGCUAGCAGAAUUUUGCUCACGACUGUCGCUUACUGGGGAAGAUAUGUGCUUGGGUACAGGCAGACUUAUUCUGAAUACUAUGAUGCGAAGAAGUCAAAAUAA